GAAGUUUCCCCAGGAGUAGGCUGGCCGAGCGCAGCAGAACGCAUCGCUGGAGUCCUGGCUUCCAGGCCCUGUGUGCGUCAAACCCCCCUCACUCUGGGAGGAUCUGUGGGGCGGGCUGCAGCUUGACCUGGUGGUCUCUCAAUCUCUGGCCUGGCGCCAGCCCGGGUACCACCUCCUCAGAGGACAUGCAUCUUGGAGGCCUGGCCGCUCUGGUGACUGCAGUCGUUUGGCACGGUGGGGCCUCCCUGCUGUUGGGGCCGAGCUCACCGGAUCUGGUGGUGGAAUCGGGGGCGACGGUGACCCUGCGGUGCCCGGGGAACGGCAGCGUGGAGUGGUUCACGGGGCUCGGCUGGGGGAAGCCUGCCGCCGACUGGGUCCCAGGAUUCGAGGGGGGCUCCCGGACCCUCAGCACGGCCCAGGCCACUUACCGGGACACGGGGACUUACCGGUGCGUGGACCCUGAGAGCCCAGCUGGGGAGGAGGCGUCCGGCCAUCUCUACGUGAAAGAUCCGGAGCACCCAUGGAGCAUCGUGGCCCAGACGAUCAUGGUGACGGUGGGCAACGAUGCUCUGCUCCCCUGUCGGAUCACUGACCCCGCGUUGAUAGCCCGCGUGUCCCUGCAGCGGGUAUCUGGCAAGAACGUCCGCCGGGGCACCAAGCUUACCUUUGAUCCUCGGAAGGGGGUCACCAUUCAUAAGGUGCAGCUCCUUGACCUGAAUAGUUACCAGUGCACGGCCAUCGUUGGAGGCAACAAGACGCUGUCCCCUCCGAUCGAGCUGAAAGUGAAAGAAGCCAUCACAGAGCCCCCGCUGCUGCGGCUGGAGCCCCCGGAGAGUGUGCGAAUCCGCGGGGAGCCCUUCUACAUCACCUGUGAAGCAUCCAAUCCCAAUUUGGAUUUUGACCUGACCCUCCAGCAUCAACAGGAACAGGUCCCAGGCAAAAUAGUUGCCGACUUCGCCCUGACCAGGGGCUACUCAAAGAACAUCUCCCACAGAAUCGCACAGGUGGCAGAGGAGGACAGUGGCACCUACUCCUGCAACAGCACCAAUGAGAAGGGGUCCAGUGUGGCUUCCAUGGUCCUCCGGGUUGUAGAACGGGCCUACGUGAAUCUGUCCUCUGAACAGAGUCGCCGACUGGAAGUGGAUGUGGGCGAGAAACUGGAGCUGGGGGUCCACGUUGAGGCUUACCCCCAGCUGCUCCAUUGGAACUGGACCUUCGAUGGCCCAUUCCGGACCGCUGAUCCCAAGUUUCCGGCCGUCCUCACCGGCAAGAUCUACAGAUAUGACGCCACCCUGGCCUUGCCUCGCCUGAAGGAGUCGGAGAGCGGCCGCUACACUUUCCACGCCGAGAACGCCGGUGCGGGGGCCUCCUUCACCUUCGACGUGGUUCUCUAUUACCCUGCCAGGGUUGAGGUCAACUGGGACCAAUUCAACAACUCCAACUCCCUCCUCUGCAUUGCCUCUGGGUAUCCAGCCCCCGAGAUCGAGUGGUCCCAGUGCCCUGGGAGGAACAGGAGGUGUGACCAGGAGCAGGAACUGCUCUGGAAAGAUGACUACCCGACUGUGGUGAGCGAGGUGCCCUUCGGCAAGGUGACCGUCCAAAGCAUCCUCCCCAUCGAGAAGCUGGAGGCCAACAUGACCUACGUCUGCACGGCCAAGAACCGGGCUGGAAACCACUCCGAUGAGUACUUCCCCGUCUCUGUAGUUCGAUCCUUCAAGCCCGCUGAGGACCCAUUCUUCACGCCGGUCCUCGUCGCCUGUAUCGCAAUCAUGGCUCUCCUCUCCCUGCUGCUCCUCUUGCUCCUGUACAAGUAUAAGCAGAAGCCCAAGUACCAGGUGCGCUGGAAGAUCAUUGAGACCUGUGAAGGAAACAAUUACAUCUUCAUCGAUCCCACCCAGCUGCCUUACAAUGAGAAGUGGGAGUUUCCCCGCAACAACCUGCAGUUUGGGAAGACCCUGGGGGCCGGAGCCUUUGGAAAGGUGGUGGAAGCCACGGCCUUCGGGCUGGGGAAGGAGGAUGCUGUGCUCAAGGUGGCUGUGAAGAUGCUGAAAUCGACGGCUCACACUGAUGAGAAGGAGGCUCUCAUGUCCGAGCUGAAGAUCAUGAGCCACCUGGGGCACCACGAGAAUAUCGUCAACCUACUAGGGGCGUGCACCCAUGGAGGCCCAGUCCUGGUCAUCACUGAGUACUGUUGCCAUGGAGACCUGCUGAACUUCCUGCGCAGGAAGGCCGAGUCCAUGGUAGUCCAAAACAUAAUCCUGGAGUCCAGCUCGGCCAGCUCCACGGAGUACAAGAACAUCUACCUGGAGAAGAAGUACGUCCAGAGUGACAGCGGCUUUUCCAGCCAGGGACUCGACCACUACGUGGAGAUGAGGCCCGUCUCCCUGGAUUCCUUCCCUGACCAGGACACGGACAAGGAGGAUAGACAGCCCCUGGACCUCAGUGAUCUGCUGCACUUCUCCAACCAAGUGGCCCAGGGCAUGGCUUUCCUUGCCUCCAAGAACUGUAUACAUCGUGAUGUGGCAGCCAGGAACGUGCUGGUGACCAGCGGCCGCGUGGCCAAGAUCUGUGACUUCGGGCUGGCCCGGGACAUCAUGAACGACUGCAACUACGUCGUCAAGGGCAAUGCCCGCCUGCCCGUGAAGUGGAUGGCUCCAGAGAGCAUCUUUGACUGUAUCUACACAGUGCAGAGUGAUGUCUGGUCCUACGGCAUCCUGCUCUGGGAGAUCUUCUCACUGGGCUUGAGCCCCUAUCCUGGCAUCCUGGUGAACAGCAAAUUCUACAAACUGGUGAAGGAAGGCUACCAGAUGGCACGGCCUGUCUAUGCCCCGUGGAGCAUCUACGGCAUCAUGCAGGCAUGCUGGGACCUGGAGCCCACUCGGAGACCCACCUUCCAGCAGAUCUGCUCCCUCAUUCAGGAGCAGAUGGAGGCGGGGAGCAAAGGGCAGGACUAUACCAACCUGCCCAGCAGCGAGGUGGAUGACAGCAUGAGCGAGCCCCCUCCAUGCGGCGAGGAAUCGUGUGAGGAGUCCUGCGAACAGGCAGACGGCAGCCAGCCCCUGCUGAAGAGCAACAAUUAUCAGUUCUGUUAAGCAGCAGGAGCGUGAGGGGCUCUCCCCUGGGGGGCCUGGCUGGAAUGGGCCCUUCCCUCCCCUUUUGGCUUUCUGGAACCCCCAAGGCGACGUUGUGCAACGCUAGAAAACUCAGUGCUUACUCAUUUCACGGAAGGACUGUGAACCUCAGGGAUGUAAAUAUGUUCCCCGGUAGCUCCGAGGGACCUGGUUCUUCGGGAACGAGGCAGUCGCUGCCGGCCAGUGGCUUGGGCUUCCUUAUAAAGGAACUGGGCCUGGCUUUCCUGGGCACGAGUGGGUCAGAACUGGCUCCCGCCAGCCUCACAAACCACAACCCCUGAUGCCGGUACUCCCACGGUUAGACAUCAAUCGAUGCUCAGUGUGCAGAGCACUGUACUAAGAGCUUGGGUAAACCAAGAAGCCACCCUGCCUGCACUUGGGCCUAAACACAGCCAAGGCAGGCCCCGGGGUAAGCAGGCAGCAGGUGGUCCAUGCUGACAACUCCCCUCCCCUUCCCUCCCUCAACCCCCCAGGCAGUCGGGCUUGUGAAAGUCGGGCUGCUCCAGGUAGGAGCGGGAAAUUGUUCUCAGAGAGGCCAAUCCUCUCCUCCCGGUGAAAGCGUGAUACUAGCCAAGGGCUAAUGCCCAUCCUAGCACGUCUACAGCCAGAGCGCACUUCAUUUGUAGGUGUUUUUGUAUCAUGUAGCAGUUGACAAUGACAGUAUCGCUGAUUCUUUCGUGUUUGUUAAGGUGACUUCUGCUUUCCACAGCGGUUAGCCCCCCGCUUUGGUUAUUGUAAGCUUAAGGCCUGAAAUGAAGUAGCAUUAGUUUAAUUUCCUGGUGGGGGGGCAGGGGCAUUCAGGCUUUACCCCUUUACCGGGUGGCAGGAUGCCAGGGUCCAGAGGGGGAAGGGAUGUUCGGCCCCUCCUCCCCCGCCAAGAGACAGCACACUGACAUUUAACACUUUAAAUCAGGGUGAUCGUUUUUCAAUAAUAAACUAACCGCAUUAACGCA